UAUAAUCUCUCUCUCUCUCUCUCCACCUCUCUCUCUAAUGGUAUCACUCGAGCCCCCCCAAGCCCCCCCAAAAUCCCUCCCGGCGGAGGCCGGCCCCGGCCCCGUCCCCGUCCCCGCCCGGAUCUCCUUCUCCGCCGAGUUCCUCGACGACACCAACUUCAUCUCCAUCUGCCCCAAGGAGCGAGAAGCCGCCGCCGCCAGGAUCACCGCCGCCGACUUCGAGUUCCUCUCCGGCGACGUCAAGACCAGCAUGAUCACCGCCGACGAGCUCUUCUCCGAGGGCAAGCUCCUCCCCUACUGGCAAACGCAGCCCCUCCACACCCUCAACCUCAUCAAAACCGCCGACGGCGGCGCGGGGGCGGCUCCGCCGCCGCAGCCGCCGCCCGAUCAAUCGAACGCUAAUAACGGCGGCGGCGGCGGCGACGACGACGAGCACGAGCGGAGGAUCAGCUGGUUCCUCGACGACGACCCCUCCCCGCGGCCGCCGAAGUGCACCGUGCUGUGGAAGGAGCUGCUGCGGCUGAAGAAGCAGCGGUCGUCCACGCUUUCGCCGUCGCUGUCGUCGUCAUCGUCCUCGUCUUCUUCUUCGUCGGCGGCGGCGGCGGCGGAGGAGGAGAGGAGUAAGAAAGGAGGUAGAGAUGGUAAUAAUAAGGUGGCGGGAAAAUUGAAGAAGGGAUUGGAGAGAACGAGAUCGGCGAAUAUAAGGAUUAGGCCGAUGAUCAACGUCCCCAUCUGCACGGCGGCGAGGAGCACGGCGCUGCCGCCGCUCUUUCCGGCGAGGAGAGGAGGGAGGUUAGAGAGCAGCUAGCUGAGAAUAAUUAAUUAAUUAAUUACAUGAGAGUUUUUUUUUUCUUUUUUUCCAUUUUUUUGGUUUUUGUAUUUUUUCAUAUGUAUUAAUUUAUUUUUUACUGUUUUAUUUAGAUUACUGUUAUUACAAGGUAAAUUAAUCCGUUGAACAGUUGGUGUAGAUUGUUGUUGACAAAUUAAUCUUGUUAAUUAAUUAAUUAAUUAAUUGCAGUUUUUGAUGAGAUUAUAUUUCUUUUUUAAU